AGUCAGUCGUCGAACGCGGCGGGCGGCAGAGGCGAAUCGCGUAACGAUUUUUGUCCCGCCAUGGACCCGAGGCGCGGCUACUGGGAGAGCUCGUCGGAGGACGUGACGGGCCCGCUGCUCCCGCUGCACGACGAUGACGACGACGCCGCGGACCGGCGGCGCUCCUGCUCGGCGCUCAGGUCGAUGCUCGCCAGCAAGUACCUGGCCGUCGCGUCGGGACCCGUGGCGUGCGCGCUGAUCUGCGCGCUCGUCGACCUCGGCGGCCACCGCGCCGCGCGCAACAUGCUCGGGGUCCUGGCCUGGGUGUUCCUGUGGUGGAUCACCGACGCCGUGCCGCUCGCCGUCGCGUCCAUGGCGCCGCUAUUUCUUUUCCCUGUGUUCGGCAUCUCCUCCUCCGACGCCGUCGCCAAGGCGUACAUGGACGACGUCAUCUCCCUCGUCCUCGGCAGCUUCAUCCUCGCGCUCGCCAUCGAGCACUACAACAUCCACCGCCGACUCGCUCUCAACAUCACGUCGCUGUUCUGCGGCGACCCGGUGAAACCACCACUGCUGCUGCUGGGAAUCUGCGGCACCACCAUGUUCAUCAGCAUGUGGAUCCACAACACGCCGUGCACCGUCAUGAUGAUGCCGGUGGCGACGGGGAUCCUGCAGCGGUUCCCGCGCGGCGAGGCGUCCUCGACGAGCAGCGCCGCCGACGCACGGGAGGUCCAGCAGUUCUCCAAGGCGGUGGUGCUCGGCGUCGUGUACGCGUCGGCGAUCGGCGGGAUGGCGACGCUGACGGGCACGGGCGUGAACAUCAUCCUGGUGGGGAUGUGGUCCACCUACUACCCGGAGCAGCCGCCCAUCACCUUCAGCUCGUGGAUGUCCUUCGGGCUCCCCAUCGCGCUCGUCCUCUUCGUCGCGCUCUGGGCCACGCUCUGCCUCCUCUACUGCUCCAAGAACACCGGGAGGGCGCUCUCAGCUUACCUGGACAGGAGCCAUCUCAGGAGGGAGCUCGGCUUGCUUGGUCCAAUGGCUUUCGCAGAGAAGAUGGUUCUUGCCAUUUUUGGGGGUUUGAUUGUCCUAUGGAUGACGAGGAACCUGACAGAUGAUAUUCCUGGGUGGGGAUCACUGUUCCACGGCGAAGUUGGGGAUGGAACUGUCACUAUCAUGAUGGCGACGCUGCUGUUCAUAAUCCCGAGCGGCAAGAACGACGGCGAGAAGCUCAUGGACUGGGCCAAGUGCAGGCGGCUGCAGUGGAACAUCAUCAUCCUCCUCGGCGCCGGCUUCGCCAUCGCCGACGGCUUCAAGGCGAGCGGCCUGACCGACAUCCUCUCGGGGGGUCUCGGCUUCCUGCGCGGCGCGCCGGCGCUGGCCAUCGCGCCCGUGGCGUGCGUCUUCAGCGGCGUCAUCACGGAGUUCACCUCCGACGACGCCACCGCCACGCUGGUGCUGCCGCUGCUCGCCGAGCUGGCCAAGUCCAUCGGCGUGCACCCGCUCCUGCUCAUGGUCCCCGGCGCCGUCGGUGCGCAGCUGUCGUACCUGCUGCCCACCGGGUCGCCGGGCAACGUCGUCGGCUUCAGCACGGGGUACGUCACCAUCAAGGACAUGGUGAUCGCUGGAAUGCCACUCAAAGUUGUCGGGGUUGCAGCUCUCACAAUCCUACUGCCAACGCUAGGAUCUGUGGUUUUUGGCAUGGAUCAGAAGCUGUAGGAACUUAAUCAAAAUUCAAUUGGGUUUGUUUUUUGAAGAUUCCAGUUUGUAGACUGUAGGUUAUUACGUGGAUAAUGUAGUAAUUAAGCUGCACAGCUUGUAGUGUUGUACAAUGUGUAGUCAAUGCCAUUACAUUUGCCUCAUGAAAAACAUGGGGUCAUAUUCUUUGCUCUAUAAAUGAGUCAAUAUAGAGUUUUGUAUCGAGUGGUUCUAUGUUAAAAACAGUUUUGCCCGGUUUAGUUUCCAAAAACAUCACAUCAAA